CCUUUUAAUGGCUAAAUAGCUUGUGUUUAAAAUAAGUAAUAUAGCUAAGAGGCAAGUGUGAUAAUACUGUAUUCAGUUCUCGUCAUUGCGACAGAUGGCACAGCAUAUCAACCAGUUUUCCUUCCUUCCCCUGCAAGCUACUGUAGGCUGCCAGCAUAUCGGAGAAUUAUAGAAGCUUGUUAAGGUUUCUUUAAUUAAAUGAAUAGCAAAUAUGUAAGUGUGGGUCAGAAGAUGGUCUCACUGGGCAAGGCAAGGCGUUGGAGGCGGAGGCCGGCGGGAAUGACGCCGCCAUAAACGGACCUUUCAAACACACCCCAAAUUAAGCUUUCAGGGCAGGAGCGAGGUAGAGGCCUGGGUGCGGGCGGCGGCGCAUCAUGGCGGACGUGGAUAUUGAUCUGUACGGGGACGUGGAGCAAGACUUCACCCAGGACGACUUUGCCGACGGUGACCUGUAUGACGCUGUCCUCACGGGGGGAGGACGUGACCGGGAGCGCGAGGCCCCGCCAAGCCCUUCCCAGCCCACCUCGGAACGCAAUGGAGGCUCGGCACCACCCCGCCAGUCCUCCUCACAGUCCCAGCACAGCCGCUCAGUGUCCUCGGAGGAGCGGGCUGUGUUCUCUGGCCCUGUGGCUCACACUGGACGCAAGUACCAACUGUAUAUCGGCAACCUGACCUGGUGGACCACAGACAAUGAUAUUGCAGCUGCAGUGCAGGCACUUGGAGUGAAUGAUUUCCUGGAUGUUAAGUUUUUUGAGAACCGUGCCAAUGGGCAGAGCAAAGGUUUCUGCGCUAUCUCUCUGGGCUCGGAGUCAAGCAGCCGCUCAGUAAUGGAAAAACUGCCACGCAAGGAGAUCCACGGCAUGAGCCCUGUGGUGACCUUCCCCAGCAAGCAGGCCCUCAACCAGUUUGAGUCUCAGAGCAAGACUCGGGCCAGUCCUCAGCACCAGCACCGCGGCGGCCCUGGUGGUCCAGGUGGCCACCCUGGUGGAGGACCAGGUGGCCCUGGCGGCCCCCGCAUGCCACCCCCUGGGCGUGGCAUGCCUCCACCAGGGAUGGAUCACAGACCACCCGGCCCGCCCGUCCCCCAUGGUCCUCAUGGAGGCUCCCAUGGCGGCCCACAUGGUGGCCCUCAUGGCGGCCCACACAGCGGAGGACCACAUGGCCCUCAUGGUCCCCCUGGACCACAUGGCCCUCCAGGUGGUCCACACAGUCAUCACAGUGGACCUCAUGGUGGACCUCCAGGGCCUCAUGGUCCCCCUGGUCUUGGUCCACACCAUGGCCCUCAUCAAGGACCCCCCAGGGGACCACCCCCUCACAGCAUGCAAGGACCUGGACCCAGAGCACCCCCUCCCCCAGGACACAUGCAGCGCCCCAUGCACCCUGGAGGCCCUGGUGCCCCCCCACCAGGCCAUGGGGGACCCCCUCCACGUGGUCCCCCACCCAGCAUGGGGCCACCACCAGGCCAGCAUGGUCCCCCACCUCCCCGGGGACCACCUCCACCCAUGGACCCCAGGGCACCCCCACCAAGACCAGAUUUCAUUCAGGGGGGCUUCCCGGUCACCAGCAGUCCCCCAUCUGUCCCCCACAACCUAGUACUUCCCUCCAGGCCUCCCACUCUCUCCCAAGGACCACCACCUCAUGGAGGACCUCCACCUCAUGGCCCUCCCCCUCACGGUGGAGCCCCUCCAGCCCCUCACGUCAACCCAGCGUUCUUCCCACCUCACAGUGCACCCCCUCCAGCAGCAGCUGCUCCUCCUGCACACUAUGCUCCACCACCACCUUCCCAUCAGCACGGCGGGUUCGCUGGGGGUGAUCAUCGCAUUGAGGGACCACCACCACUCUCAGAGGCAGAGUUUGAGGAUAUCAUGAACAGAAAUCGUACUGUGUCAAGUUCUGCCAUUGCUCGUGCUGUGGCCGAUGCCUCGUCUGGGGAGUAUGCCAGUGCUAUAGAGACACUUGUGACUGCCAUCUCACUCAUCAAGCAGUCCAAGGUGGCCCAUGAUGACAGGUGCAAGAUACUGACCAGCUCCCUCCAGGAUACACUGCAUGGCAUCGAGGCCAAGAGCUACGGCUCCAGCAAGCGACGGGAACGCUCCCGCACACCUAGCCGUCGCCGCCACCGUGACCACUCGCGUUCGAGGGAGAGGGAGUACCGAGAUCGCUCACGCUCGCACUCCAGGGACCGGGAGUACGAGCGGCACCGCAGUGAGAGGGAACGCGGUACCUCUGACCGCGGUGGUGCUGACCGUGAGCGUGAGUACGAGCGCUCCUACAGCAGGGAGAGAGAGUAUGACCGGGCACGCGAGAGGGACAGAGAGCGAGAGAGAGACAGGGAGAGCAGCAGGUACUAUGAUGAGCGCUACAGGGAGAGGGAAGGCCGGAGGGAGAGGAUUGAAGAGCGUCCUGUGCGUGAGCGAAUUGAGGAGCGCACCACCAGGGAGGACGUGAGGGAGCCUGUGAGGGAGCGUGACCGCGAGAGGGACCGUGAGAGGGAGAGGGAGAGGGACGUCAGAACAAGAGAAGAGAGAGAGUCGUCUUCCCACCGCUCCUCCAGACACUAACACUCCUCUUCCUUUUCCUCCUCUUCCUCUUCAUCUCCUCCCCUGCCACACUUUGCUCCAUGCCUCUUUACUUUGUGUAGAAGUGAAAUUAUGACUUUUUUUUUUUUUUUUUUUUUUUUUUUUUCUCAAUUUUGUUUAUUUUUUAUUUUUUUUACAUUCCUUUUCUUUCUUUUCAUGUUAGAGUGUUUCAAGGAAUUUAGGUUCCGUUUCAUUAUCCAGCAGAAAGUCAUAGUUUUUAGAUUCUCAUCAUCACCAAUAAAAAAAAUGUCUUGCUAACAGGAAUCAUAACCAAAAGACAUUUAUAUUUUCCGUACUCAUCAAUACAUGCUGCUCCAUUAUAGGUACAACAAAGGCAUUAGAGAACAAUUAGCACACAAGAUGUAAUUUUUAUGGCAGCCUUUUAUUCUUAUUAUUAUUGUGAGUGGAUUAUUGUAUGGUUUGUCUGCCAGAAAGUGUCAUGUGCCUCACUAUGUGUUAUAUUUGUCAUGUGAAUGGUCAUGCAGCAAUUUAUCCCCAGAAUUAUUUUUUACAAUAUUCUUUUUCACCCGUUCUAAGUCAUUUUGCCACCACAUACUAACAUCACUGCCUCUGUAGCUCUUAAUCAGUAAUUGGUUUGCAUGCCCCCUCACAUGCAGCGAGGAAUACAGCACUAGGGUAUGCUAAUGAAAACAAUGUCAUACAGCAAGAUACUAUAAUGGUUUUGUAAGAUUAAAGUUUGCUGGAUGUCUCAAAACAGAUGGGAUUAUGUGACUCAAUUAGUGAUGGGCAACAAUUACUGGCAGUGUUUGUGUCCCAAGGUGGCAAGGUUACUAAGAGUUUGUGGCAAAGUAUAGUACCAAUUUGGAAAGUUUAGCAGAGCCUCCGAUAGUAUUACACACAAAUUAUGCAGUUGUAAGAAUAAUGGAUUUGCUUCUAUGACAUACUGUAAGUUGAACAGUGGAUUGUAUCUGGUUUAUGUUUUGGUAUUUAGUUUUUUUUACCAUCUUUAUGAUACAGUCCUAGUUAUAGCAUAUAAUUUAGGCUUGACCAAUAAAUGUCAAUAUGUAAUACCUAAGUUUCUAUUUUGUAUUAAGAUUUAACGGUAAGAAAUCUGUGUGCUAACUGUAGUAGUGAAAUUGAAGUGGGUUUGAGUAUAAAA